AUGUUUCCCUGGGAAGAACUCGUUCAGGGCCGUGAGAUCCAACGUUUCAUGAACAAGGAGGCGGACCUUGUUGCCUACCUGAUCUUUGCCUACCUCGGGAUGGUGCGCUACGGGCCUGGGCUCGCGCGCCGCGUUCUUGGCGAAGUUCCCCCCCCCACGAUCAGUCCAUCGGGGAAGAAAAUCCCCCAAAAACCCCCGCAAUGGCUGCAGAUGUGCAUGACGCUGUGGAACCUGUUCCUGGCGGUGUUUUCACUAUUUGGGGCGAUGGUAAUGGUUCCCGGGCUCAUGCGGGGAAUCUUCCGUUACAAUCUCAAAGACACCGUCUGCUCAACCCACGAUGAGCUGACCUAUACCACGCCGGUGGGGUUCUGGACAGGAGUCUUCGUACUAAGUAAGAUAUUGGAGCUUGUGGAUACGCUCUGGUUGAUCCUUGAAAAACGCAAAACACCGUCCUUUUUGCACUGGUUUCAUCACGCCUCGGUGCUGCUCUUUUCCUGGAUUAGCUACUCUAUGGGGAAUUCGACGAUGAGCAUGUUCGCCUGCAUGAACAUCUUUGUGCACACCAUUAUGUACAGCUACUUCUUUAUCUGUUCAAUGGGUGGGAAGAAGUUUGUUCAACGCUUCUCAAAGUUUAUUACGAUGAUUCAGAUCCUCCAGAUGGUUAUUGGCUCCUCACUGACGUUUUAUUCCUAUUGCAUAAAUUUAUCCGCAUACAGGGCGGGUAUUGACGAUAUUGAUAAGCUGCCCUGCGCGGUCAACAAAUCCACAGCACGCUUUGGGUGUAUUAUGUAUAUCAGCUAUCUUUACCUGUUCUGCAGUAUGUAUGUGCAGUCUUACAUCAAGAAGAAGAAGGAAUAA